AAACAGGAGAGGCAGAAGAGGAGGAGGUGGGGAGACUGGGCGAAAAAGAAGCUGGAGAGGAGGGAGACCGGGAGGAGGAGAGAAGCAGGAUGGAGACAUGGGGUUAGGUGGCUCCGGGGAGCUGAAGAAAAGAGAGCGAAGAGGGGGUGUGGAUUAGAAACCAGGAGGUAACCCCGGGGAGAAGCAGGAGGCAGAGAAAGGGGUAGGAAGAUCGGGAGGUAGAGGGAGGCUGGAGGGUUGGGGAAAAGAGGAAAGGAAGGAGGAGAGGCACAGAGAGCUGGGAGAGCGGAGAGGAGUGUAUUUGGGGGGUCUCAGUUCCCUGCUGCCUCGGUGUUUGGGGAACGGGACUCCCUGUAGGGAGGAGAGGCAGGCUGGAAGUCCUGGAGGGACAGGGUCCCACAGAGCGGGGAAGGAGUAGCUGAGAGAGGGGCCAGGACACUGGGAGGGGGUUGCUCAGAGGCCUCCCAGGGAUGGGGGUUGCUGCUCGUCUGAGCGCUCCUAGGGCGCUGGUACUCUGGGCCGCACUGGGGGCGGCAGCUCACAUUGGACCUGCACCUGACCCCGAGGACUGGUGGAGCUACAAGGAUAAUCUCCAGGGAAACUUCGUGCCAGGGCCUCCCUUCUGGGGCCUAGUGAAUGCAGCCUGGAGUCUGUGUGCUGUGGGGAAGCGGCAGAGCCCUGUGGAUGUGGAACUGAAGAGGGUCCUUUAUGACCCCUUUCUGCCCCCACUGAGACUCAGCACUGGGGGAGAGAAGCUCCGGGGAACACUGUACAACACCGGCCGCCAUGUCUCCUUCCUGCCUGCCCCACGGCCCGUGGUCAAUGUGUCUGGGGGUCCCCUCCUCUACAGCCACCGACUCAGUGAACUGCGACUGCUCUUUGGAGCACGUGAUGGAGCUGGCUCUGAACACCAGAUCAACCACCAGGGCUUCUCUGCUGAGGUACAGCUCAUCCAUUUCAACCAAGAACUCUACGGGAACUUCAGCGCCGCCUCCCGGGGCCCCAAUGGCCUGGCCAUUCUCAGCCUCUUCGUCAAUGUGGCUGGCAGCUCGAACCCCUUCCUCAGCCGCCUCCUUAACCGGGACACCAUCACCCGCAUCUCCUACAAGAAUGAUGCCUACUUUCUUCAAGACCUGAGCCUGGAGCUCCUGUUCCCCGAAUCCUUCGGCUUCAUCACUUAUCAGGGCUCCCUCAGCACCCCUCCCUGCUCAGAGACUGUCACCUGGAUCCUCAUUGACCGGGCCCUCAAUAUCACCUCCCUCCAGAUGCACUCCCUGAGACUCCUGAGCCAGAAUCCUCCGUCCCAGAUCUUCCAGAGCCUCAGCGGUAACGGCCGGCCCCUGCAGCCCUUGGCCCACAGGGCUUUGAGGGGCAACAGGGACCCGCGGCACCCCGAGAGGCGCUGCCGAGGCCCCAACUACCGCCUGCAUGUGGAUGGUGCCCCCCAUGGUCGCUGAGACUCCCCAUCGAGGAUUGUGCCUGUCCUUUCCAAGCCUCCCAACACGGGGAGGGGAGUCACCCCCAAAACAAAGCUAUUAAAGGGACAGAA